GUCGGUGUCCAACAUUACACAGUUGUAACCCCUCGCUGAGAGCAGGCAUCAGGCGGUUCUUCAAGGCGCCUAUACGGCCAGCUGCGAGUGCUGUGAGGGCCAGACACAUAAGCAUGCCGUGUACAAUAAUCAUCGUCUAUCAGCGAGUACCGAAACACGGCCAAAGUCCCUGAAAUGCCACUGCUGAUUUGAGUGACCGAGGUUUGACAGAUAGAUGCCAGACCUGACUACGGUCGUCCUGGACGUAUUCGAAGAGUCCCUGGUGAAAGUGACUACGUACUUACUUGAUAAGCGCCACUUUUUUCAGGUCCACUCUUGGUCAAAGGCUCAAGUUACGAUGGCAGCAAGCAGCGGUUUCGGAAAUACCCGCGCAUCAAGCAUCAAUCGAUCAUUGGAAGGAAAAAAAAAAGCACGAUUCCACACGAUUCCGCCGCGGAGAUGCACAGAGCUAGCUGAACACUGCCAUCCAGAGAUGAGACAGCACCAAUGUUCCCCCUUCCCUCCUUAUUUUUUGGACAAUGGAAGGACCGACCGAAGAACGGAAAUUAUCAAUCAGCUGAAUGAGGAUGGUUUGGUAUUCCAACAACCUGGCGAAUCAUGUAUAACACAAGUUCUUGAAGAUCAGACAAAUGCAACAUACGCAAAUAUCCAAGCUGUAACGACACAGUCGCCAUCGACCUCAAUGUAGAGAUGCUUAGCGAAUAUGUGCGCACCCGUGCAUGAUCUUACUCCAGAUCCAAAAGAC